GUCCCGGGGAGCUCCCACUUCCCUCCUUGGCUCGUGCUGCCUUUUAAAGCAAACGGACACAGUAAACCAUCCCCCAGUCGGCCAGAGGACGGGAUACGGUGAGGAGUUGCUGUGUUGCUCAUUCUACCCCAUAUCCUGUCGUCACCCCCAUUGUCCUUGUAGUUUAGUUGCCUUUGUAUUAGUUCGUUUACACAGUUCUCCAGCUUCAGUCAUGUAUCGGUGUUUUGGGGAGCUGCUGAGCCGCUCUGCGGGCAGUGCCCUGGCCUCGGGGUGCGUUGACUCCGCUCUCCCGGUGUCCUCGUCCCUGAUGCGGGUCCGUCGUUACGCCGACGCGGCAGACAAGCCCGACGACCCCAACUUCUUCCGGAUGGUCGAGGGAUUCUUCGACCGCGGAGCCAGCAUCGUCGAAGACAAGCUGGUGGAGGACCUGAGGACCAAGGAGACCCCCGAGCAGAAGAAGAAACGUGUUGCGGGUAUCCUGCGCAUCAUCAAGCCAUGCAACCACAUCCUGAGCGUGAAUUUCCCCAUCAAGAGGGAUAACGGAGAGUGGGAGGUGAUUGAGGGGUACCGCGCCCAGCACAGCCAGCACAGGACUCCCUGCAAAGGGGGUAUCCGUUACAGUAUGGAUGUGUCUGUGGAUGAGGUCAAAGCCCUUGCCUCUCUGAUGACCUACAAGUGCGCCGUUGUUGAUGUGCCAUUUGGGGGAGCCAAAGCUGGAGUCAAGAUCAACACCAAGAAUUACUCUGAUAAUGAGCUGGAGAAGAUUACCAGGAGAUUCACUAUCGAGCUGGCCAAGAAGGGGUUCAUUGGACCUGGCAUCGAUGUCCCUGCCCCCGACAUGAGCACAGGAGAGAGGGAAAUGUCCUGGAUCGCCGACACAUACGCCAACACCAUUGCACACACUGACAUCAAUGCCCACGCCUGCGUGACAGGAAAGCCCAUCAGCCAGGGAGGAAUCCACGGUCGUAUCUCCGCCACUGGUCGUGGAGUUUUCCACGGCAUUGAGAACUUCAUGAACGAGGCGUCCUACAUGAGCAUGGUAGGCCUGACACCAGGCGUCCAGGAUAAGACCUUCGUCAUCCAGGGCUUUGGUAAUGUGGGUCUUCACUCCAUGAGGUACCUGCACAGGUUUGGGGCCAAGUGUGUGGGCAUCGGUGAGAUUGAUGGAGCCAUCUACAACGCUGAUGGCAUCGACCCCAAAGCGCUGGAGGAAUAUAAACUGCAAAAUGGCACCAUUGUGGGCUUCCCAGGAGCCAAACCCUAUGAAGGGGGCAUUUUGGAAGCCGACUGCCACAUCCUGAUCCCUGCCGCCGGAGAAAAGCAGCUCAACAACCAACCCGGAAAGGAUACAAGGACCAAGAUCAUUGCUGAAGGUGCCAAUGGUCCCACCACCCCAGAUGCUGACAAGAUCUUCCUGGAGAACAACGUCAUGGUUAUUCCUGUAAGCGCGCACACACAAUUAAAAUAAAAUGUGCUCAAACCACACAAAU